UCGGUAAUAAAGUCUCACUUCCACUCUCUCUCUCUCUCUCUCUCUCUCUCCAUCUCCUUCCGUUGUUCUUCCCCUCUCUCUCUCUCUCUCUCUCUCUCUCUCUCCCGUCCUUCUAGGGUUUCGUUCAUUUCAUCACAUUCAAUUCUUUCUCCUUUCAUCUCAAUUCUUCUCUGUUUUUUUAUUUAUCUUUCGUAGCAAUCAGAGGAGAAUGGAUUCCAAUUCAUGGAUCAAUCAUCCUUCCGUUUUCUCGUCGAGACGAUGUCAACAAUCCCGAUCAGAUUUGUAUAUAGGUGGAGGGUACGAGGAUCUCGAAGGAGAAGACGAAUCGAAGUCGGAGUUUAUCUGCCCGUUUUGCGCGGAGUUUUUCGACAUUGUAGGGCUCUGUUGUCACAUUGAUGAAGAGCAUCCUGUUGAGGCCAAGAACGGGGUCUGUCCUGUAUGCACAAAGAGGGUGGGAUCAGAUAUCGUCGGCCAUAUCACGACGCAACAUGCCAACUUUUUUAAGGUGCAGCGAAGGAGAAGGUUGAGAAAAGGUGGUGGAUACGGCUCUGCUUAUCUCGCCUUGAAAAAAGAGCUACGGGAAGCUAACUUACAGUCUCUUCUUCUUGGUGGAUCUUCAAGAUUCACUUCUCCAACCAAUAUAGAAUCUGAUCCGUUGCUGUCAUCCUUUAUGUUUAGUUCUCCUUCUGCUACUAAUGAGUCUGCUAGCAAAUUUACUACAAAACUCUCGCAAAAGGAAUCUCUCAAGAGAGGCAUACAAGAAGCUCCACUAACGGUAGAAGAUCAAGAGAAGGCUAGAAAGAGCGAGUUUGUGAGAGGUUUAUUGUUAUCAACAAUCCUUGGAGAUGGUUUGACGAUGCAUGCGUGAGUAAAUCUAAGGUUGAAAUUGUUAUAGUAGAGUGGUCUCAGUGUAUGAUGGAAAAAAGCUUGUAAGUUAAGUUGAUGCAGAGUUAAAUCCAUAUACUAUAUAUAUAUAUAUAUAUACCUUGAGACUUUCAUCGAUUCAAAUAAAUGAGGAGUUGGAUUAUUUUUUCCC